UGUUGACAGCUUUGCACACUCUUGGCAAGGUAAAACUAAAGAAAAACUCUUGAAUGAGUAGGUGUGUCCAAACUUUUGACUGGCACUGUAUAUGUGUAUGUAUAGUUCAAUCGUCGUGUUUCUUGGGUCUCAUAUACUUGGUUUUAAAAAUAAAUGAAAUGGGGUUUGUGGUGUUGAGCUCAGUGUUGUGUGCCAGCACAGUUCAGUGGAAUCAGCAACCAGACCCGAGACAAGUUGGCUAGGAUUUCCUGUUUUGUGACAAUUUACCACUCUUCUCUGUCAUGGUAAUGUUAAUGCUGGAAAGUGUAUAGAAGCUCAUGCAUUGACCUUUUGUUCAUGGAGGUAGAACAUGGUAAUUUAACUCUACAUUUUGGUUGUAACAUAAAAAGUUAAAUCUGAUGUAAAUAUUGCAAUAAUUUACUUGCCAAGUGGUGGGGAGAAUCAUACCUGAUAUUGGAGAACGUUACAAGGAUCAAGAUGGUGACAAUUCUACUCUUUAUGGUAUUAGCUUCUCCAUCACCUGCUCCAUUCAGCCACAGUAUCCUGGAGGCCUCUUCUAUCUGGACUUCUCUGGGUCCAACAGGACUAAAAACUAAGCCAGCAGUCAACCACUCUGCCUCCUUUCACUUCCUUGUUGCAGACUAUGCAGACGGUGGGAAACACAGCUGCAGCUAUGUAGUUAACGUUUCCACCCGGUCAUUCAGCUCAGCUAAUAGGGAACUAGCUGUCACCAUUAGAGGUAAAGUAACACACGCUUAAAAAAAAAAACACAUUUAAAAUAGCUUUUACGUGAGAGAAAAAUCAUAGUAUUGUAAGAUGAUUCAUAGUCCUUCAUAUCACCAUUUUUUUUGUUUUUAUAUCCUAUGAAUUUCCCAUCUACAAGUCUUCAUGGCCCCCAUCAUUGUCUCUGGAGGGACUGGUGGGGUAGGACUGCUGUUUCUGCUUCUUCUAGUCAUCUGUCUAGUCAUCUGGAGGACAAGGAUGAACAGAAAGCCAUCUACAGAGGCUGACCAGAGAGAAUGUCUUGACAACAGACACAACAGAGGGGAGGACAACGAAGAGGAAGAGGACUAUGUUAAUGUUGAAAACGUCUGUUACCAGAGAGGUCUGGAGGGUGCAAAGAAAAAUGAGAAGGAAAAAGGGCUCAGCUAUGGAAAAUCAGAGGAUGUCUAUGACAACGAGGAUGGAAACACUCAAAGAAAUGGUGUUAGUGGGGGGUCUCAUGAGAAAAUGAAUAGUGAAGACGAUGAUGAAGAUUACGUUAAUGUCUCUGCUCAGGACAAUACAGCACAUGAUGUGAAUGAAGACAUUUAUCAAAACUAUUAGGAAAAGUAACAGUGGACUGUAUGCAACCUGUCACUAAAGUAGCUCAUUGGCAUCAACACAUGGAUUUGGUCCUUCGUGACAUGUUUAUAAAGGGGCGGCAAGUGGCUUAGUGGUUAGAGUGUUGGGCCAGCAACUGAAAGGUUGCAGCAACUGAAAGGUUGCUGGAUCGAAACCCCGAGCUGACAAGAUACAAAUCUGCCAUUCUGCCCCUGAACAAGGCAGUUAUCCCACUGUUCCCCGGUAGGCCGCCAUUGUAAAUAAGAAUUUGUUCUUUACUGACUUGCCUAGUGAAAUAAAAAAUUGUAAUUAAGAUGCAAAAGUAUAACAACUACGGUGGCUGUAGUCGACACUUAAACUAGACACUUGAAAUAAUGGUAUUGCUUUAUUCUAUUUAGCUUUUUGUAUCCAUUCAAAAUGUUCAGCAUAUUUGAUCCAUUGGGUCGAAUUCCAAACUAGUUUUUUUUAGGUCAAGACCAUCAAUCUAUGCAUUCUCUUUUGAGUCUCUUUUGGUUUUCCACCAAUCAUACAAGGGCUAUAUUGACCACAGAACUGUCUACUCUGCAGUAAAUACAGCCACAGCACAAAUGGGGAAGUGACAGUGAGCUGUGAACUGGAAAUGAAUACUUAUAUAGUAGCAUCUACAUUCACAAGACAUUUUGCGACAGAGACUGGUCAACACACUUUUCACCAGAUCGCUUGUUCAGGUCGACUAGAGAAAAUACCUGUCUUUUUUUCUGACAUGAAGACCCAAAUAUGGAAUAUAUUCUGUCUGACAAUGGUCUAUCUAUGGAAUGGACAUCUACCUGCAGGUGCCCAGGUCAGGCUGGUCAAUGGGAAUGGUCCCUGCUCUGGGAGAGUGGAGAUCUAUCACAACAGCCAGUGGGGAACAGUGUGUGAUGACAACUGGGAGAUGAAUGGUGCUAAGGUGGUCUGUAAACAGCUGGGCUGUGGGAGUGCUAUGAGUUCCCCAGGGUCUGCCUACUUUGGUCAGGGCACUGGGCAGAUCUGGAUGGAUGAUAUUGAAUGCUCCGGUAGUGAAAGCACACUCACACAGUGCUCACACACUACAACACAUAACUGCAAUCAUGUUGUCUUGUUACAGCCCAACAUCUCUCUCAAUGCUCCAAAUGGAGGGAUGUUCUGGGGACUUCAGGGGCCAGAGGUGACCAGGGGCCACAGCUUCUCCAUCACCUGCUCCAUUCAGCCACAGUAUCCUGGAGGCCUCUUCUGCCUGGAAUUCUCUGGGUCCAACAUGACUGAAACUAAGCCAGCAGUCAACCACUCUGCCUCCUUUCACUUUCCUGUUGCAGACUAUACAGACCAGGGGAACUACAGUUGUGUUUAUGAAGUUAAUGUCUCCACCCUGUCAUUCCAUUCUACCAAGACGGAGUUGCUGACAGUCAGCAUUCGAGCAUCCAUAGUCCCCAUUAUUGCCUCUGGUGCAAUAUGUGGGCUACUGCUCCUCCUCCUGCUGCUCAUUCCUUGUCUAGCCUGGAAGAAGAUAAGCAGCAGAGAGCAGUCUAUUAUGAUAAACCUGAGAGAAACGAGUGAAGAAAAUGAUGAAGAGGACUAUGUCAACGUAGAAACCUUUGUCAACAAGAGAAAAGAUGAAGACCUGAAAAAAGGAUGCGAUGCAGAAAUGUAUAUGAAAAAGGAGUUGCUUACCAGUAAAAAUAAUGAGAAUGCUCCAGGAGCCAUGAACAAGUUUGGAAACAACCAAGGUGUAGAAGGGCCAGAGGCAAGUGAGGAAGAUGAGGCCGACUAUGAAAAUGCAGACAUCUUCACAGAGAGGGAUUUUGCUGAAGACAUCUACGAUGAAGACAGUGAGUCUUUAGACCUGGAGCAGCUCACUUCAUGUAAAUAUGGAAGGGAGAAUGACUAUGAAGAGGAUGACAACGUAUACGCAAACUAUGAGUGAAGGCCCAGUAAUACGAAUGCUGAUGCAGAGAUAGUGAUGCCAGGAAAGGCAUGAAAUGUUAGCUUUGUUAGAGUUGAAUUAUAAGGGCUUAAAAAAACAACUUUUUCAUCAAAAUGUUCACUUAGUAGAUAAGAGGAAAGGCUUUGUUUGAAUAUAGUUUGGGUGUAUUAUUUCUAGUUGUAUUGUUUCCAGGUACUUGUAUUAGAUUUCAGACUUGACUAUGUUAUAUAUAUUUUAAAAUAAUGACAUUAUAUUAUGACAUUAUUUACUUCAGUUUAAAAAUAGUGAUUGUCUUGAUGAAUUGGCUGAACGCAUUGAACAUAAUCUAUUAUUUCAUUUUUUAAGUAAAUAUAUUAAUACUUUAGACUAUUUCUCUUCUAUAACGUUCAGUGUGCUGUCAAAGAAUAGUCUGUAGCAAUGACUGGUUGUGAUGUGCUAAACUUGAGAUCUACUGUAUGACAAAAUGUAAAAAAAUAAACAUUUGUACUGUGUGUGUAAAUCUAACAAUAA